AUGUUGACCCUCUCCAAUGUUACUUGGCUAAACCUAUGCCUUGCUAGUGUCGGAGUCUAUCUGGUAAUGCAGGUGUUCGCCAAGAAGAAUCCCGCACCAUAUCCACCUGGUCCCCCGAGGUGGCCUCUGAUUGGCAAUGUUUUAGACAUGCCUCGCAUCAAGCCUCGUCUCACAUUUGCUGAGUGGGGCAAGAAGUAUGGUGAUAUCUCGCAUGUCGAGGUUCUGGGUCAGCACAUCAUCGUUGCUGUCUACUCUGACCGUCCUAUUUUUCCUAUGGGUGGCGAACUUGUUGGCUUCAAGGAUGCCUUGCCCUUCCUCCCUUAUGGUGACCUUUUCCGCCAGUACCGCAAGAACCUCCACCGUAUCAUUGGCAGCCGUGCUGCAGUGGAGGUAUACAGCGAGAUCGGAAAGAUUGAGACUCACCGAUUCCUGAAGCGUGUGCUUGCAAAACCCGACCAACUACAGGAACAUGUUCGACACACUGCUGGCGCUAUUAUUCUGCGCAUCUCUCAUGGUUAUGAAGUGAAAGAGAACAAUGAUCCCUUCGUUGACCUUGCAGACCGUGCUAUGGACCAAAUCCCACAGGCCACAGCUCCCGGUGCCUUCAUGGUUGAUAUUUUACCAAUUUUGGCAAAGGUCCCCGCAUGGUUACCUGGCGCUAGCUUCAAGCGCAUAGCGCGUGAAUGGCGUGAGACCCUUGAAGAGAUGGUUUGUGCACCCCACAAGUUCGUCAAGGAUCAGAUGGCUGCUGGCAUCGCCCCCAUGUCUUUCACUUCAAAUCUCUUGGAGGGCCGUGCUGUGUCUGCUGAAGAGGAUCACAUCGUGAAAUGGUCUGCUUUUUCUCUAUAUGGCGGUGGUGCCGACACGACUGUGUCUGCAAUUUACUCGCUUUUUCUAGCUAUGGUACUUUUUCCUGAUAUGCAGAAGAAAGCUCAGGCUGAAAUAGACGCUGUGGUCGGCCAUGAUCGUCUUCCCUCCUUCGCCGACCGCGACUCCCUUCCCUAUACUGAGGCGCUUGUCAAAGAAGUCCACCGCUGGAAUGUUGUCUCACCUACCGGUUUCCCCCACCGUGUGACUGAGGACAACAUCCAUGACGGGUACUACAUUCCAAAAGGCUCCAUGGUAAUGCCUAACAUUUGGUUCAUGCUCAACGAUCCACGGACAUAUGUCAAUCCCUCGCAAUUCAACCCAGAACGCUUCUUGGCCAAGGAUGGAAAGGAACCUGAGACAGAGCCUCGCACAAUCUGUUUCGGCUUUGGUAGACGUAUUUGUCAGGUGUGCCCAACUCACGGAAGGCGCCUCCACCUCGCUGAUGCCUCCAUCUGGAUAUCUACCGCAAUGUCACUAGCCGUGUUUGAUAUUUCCAAGGUUGUCGAGAAUGGUGUUGAGAUCAUCCCCGAGUUUAACCCCUCAGCAGGUAGCAUCAGUCACCCCAAACCUUUCAAAUGUUCUAUUAAGCCUCGCUCCGCAGCAGCCCUUAGACUCAUUCAGCAAGAUGCGGACUACUAA